UAUGCUCGAGUAGCCCUUCACUGCGGCUGUGCAGUGAUGUCCCUCUCUCUCUUUCUCGCUCUGUCUCUCUCUCACACACACUCGCACUGUCUCGGCUGUUCACAUUCCCAGAUAGAAGUACCAAGAAAAUAAUCGUUCAUUGAUUCACCGCAUCGGACAGCAUGGCCUCUGGUGUCACAGUCAGUGAUGAAGUCAUCAAAGUCUUCAAUGACAUGAAAGUGCGGAAGUCCUCGACCUCAGACGAGGUGAAAAAGCGCAAAAAGGCAGUACUGUUCUGCCUCAGCGACGACAAGAAGAAGAUCGUUGUAGAGGAGGGCAAUCAGAUCUUAGUUGGAGACAUUGGAGACACUGUUGAUGACCCCUACGCCUGCUUCGUCAAGCUCUUACCACUCAACGACUGCAGAUACGGCUUAUAUGAUGCCACUUAUGAAACUAAAGAAUCCAAGAAAGAAGACUUGGUAUUUAUAUUUUGGGCCCCUGAAGGUGCGCCAUUAAAAAGCAAGAUGAUUUAUGCUAGCUCAAAAGAUGCCAUUAAGAAGAAGUUUACAGGUAUUAAACACGAAUGGCAGGUUAAUGGUUUAGACGACAUUCAGGACCGCUCAACCCUGGCAGAGAAGUUGGGAGGAAGCGUGGUCGUAUCGCUGGAGGGGAGACCAUUGUAAACUCAACAGCCAUGUGCCAUCUGGAUUCCACACGCUUUAUUUUAGCAGCUUUCUCUAUCAUUUGAUCCUGAAGGAAUAAUCCUAGUUUGUCUUUAUUUCCUUUUUCUUUUCUUUUUUUUUUCACAUUAAGGAGAUCUCAUUAACAUAUGCAAAAAAAAAAAAAAAUCUACCAGCUGAAUGCUAGCUUUUGCAGUUAGCUUUUAUACGUCCCCAAAGAACUUUCUGUCUCCCUCUUUGUGUUUUGCCAAACAACAGUAGAAAGCUCAGAUGAUAUAUUCGCAGAGAUAUUUUAUUAUGCUGUAAGUGAACUAUAUGAGAAUGCUGUACGUUAAUGCCUCACAGCCAUGCGUUAACCGGUGACAAGCACUUUACACGUUUGAAACUAUUUAUUUGAACUCUUUUAGCUAAUCUGGCUCAUUUGGCGAACACAUAAAGUCUAUGCAGAUAAAACAAAGCACUUUUCGUUUUUUACACUACCAGUUGAAGGAGGACUUUGGAAUUUCUGUGUCUGUCAGCCCGGAAUAGAAGUUACCACAGUUUUCAUUCCUGUUACGCAUAUGGACAUAAACAGAUGGGUUCUGAGCUCUUCCACUGCAGCCUUUGAUUGAAACGCACCUUUGAACGUUAAGGCCGAGCUGCUUGGAAUGAUUUUUCUUUUUUUUUUUUUAACACUACAUGAAAACACAAUAUUAUCUGUAAAGAUGGCAAUAUUUGCAGCCUGAAGUGAAACAUUGUUUUUGAGAUUGAGGAAGGUGCCACUUUGAAAUAAAAUCUUGUGGCGGAA